UCCUGUACCGGGCUGGCGGGGUCCAUAAUGAAGGAGCAAAGGUAAAGGAACCACUGUAGCAGCAGAGCUUCAGCAAGCCGGCUAACAUCUGGUUACAUCUCAGAAGUACAAGAACAUAAUGGAUAUAAAAGAGCAGAUCACUCAGCUAGAAGCUGACUUGCAGGAGUUGAGCUCCCUCUUGGAGAAAUCGGAGAGGAAAAGGGUUCAGGACGUCUUGCAGCAGGAACAGAAGAAGGUGGAGAAAGAACUUGCAACCAAACGACAGCAGCAGCUGCAGCAGGCUAAGAGAGAGGCAGACCCAUCUGCAGUGUCCAAAGCAGCGUACGCCGUGAAGAUCACCAGCUAUGCAUGGGAUCAGUCUGAGAAGUUUGUGAAAAUUUACCUGGAUUUGAAAGAUGUGCACAAAAUUUCAGCAGAAAAUGUAGAAGUGGACAUCACAGAAAGGUCAUUUUCGGUGCUAAUUAAAGACCUAAAUGGUAAAAAUCAUCAGAUGACUGUUCUCAACCUGCUGCAUCCGAUCGAUGAAAAGGACAGCUACAAAAAGGUAAAAACUGACAUGUUGUUGAUCAUGCUAAAAAAGCAGACAACAAAGAAGUGGGAGUGCCUUACAGCAGUGGAGAAACGGUCAAAAGAGAAGGACAAACCCUCUAUGGAUGAGAAYGCAGACGCCAGCGAUGGCCUCAUGAGCAUGUUGAAGAAGAUUUAUGACGAUGGAGACGAUGAGAUGAAGAGAACUAUCAACAAAGCCUGGACAGAGUCGCAAGACAAGAAGAAAAGAGGGGAUGAUAUGAUGGACUUCUAAAUAUUCCUUUUUUUCUGCAGUGUGACCAAAUUAGAGCUUUAAAGAUCAAGAGUGCAUGACCUAAAUAUUAAAAAGUAGUGCUCAUGUCAUUGGAGACUAUUAUACAGUCCUUCAAUAAACUUGAUCUUUUUUAGGCCAGUCAUGAGCUCUAAUAAAUAAAUAUCACUGUAUUGUAAAGAAAA